AUCACACCCACCACCUCGAGAACGCGAGUAGAACGCUAGAGCCACCGCACCACCGGGGUGAGCUAUGCUCCGCCUGUAAAAGUAAAUGAAAAAAAAAAGAAUAAAACAUGUUUAAUUGUGGGUCUCUCUCUCUCUCUCACACACACACACACACUUUGUAGAUUUAUUCGUCACCUCUAUUCCUUGAAAGUAUAGCGGCGGCGCUAAAUAAAUCGCAACUGCACCGUUCCCUGCUGAGUCGGUUCGUAUGGCGCCGUUUGCCACAACUCAUUUUGUGCCCACCGCGCCCCCUCUGCAGUGUUUUCUUUCUGCACGAGGAGCCGUGCCAACCGGGAAGUGCAAGACCACGUGUCGUUAAGUUCGGUGCCCGGUCGCGCAAGAAAAGAAAAACAAAGAACAGAUGGAGAGAUACAGCGGUGGUUCCGCGCUGGCACAGCUUGGCAAGGGGGAAGAGGCGGUAUAGGGUCCCGGGCGGGGGUGAUGUACACCGAAGAAGGCCGUUCGUUUGAUAACUACGGGCGGCCGACGAGCGGCCCAGUCAACGACGGGAUCCCGAUAGCGGGCCGUGGCUUCUUGCCCGUUACGCAGAAGCGCUCUGCGAUUGCGCUUCUCGCUGAGCCGUGCCGCGCCCACCGGCGUGCUCGCGAACGGCCGAAUCGGGGCCGCCGCCGCACCGUGCAUUUUCCGAUCGGUGAUAGAGGGAGGACGUGCUCGUCGCCGCCGUGACAGGAUGCUCGAGGACCUGCGAAGGCGCAAGCACGCCCACGUGAUGUCGGCGUCGCAGCCACCGCACUGGGGUCGCGACCCAGCGCCCAAACGCCGCUGCGUCCAGCGCUCCGUGGGUUCUCAGCCGCCGCUGGUGGCCGCAUCGCCGUGGACAACGGAGCGCUGCAGUGCCCCGGGGGGUCCAGCCGCGCUCCUGCCGAGAGCCGCUUUCCGUGCACCAGAGGAACACAACCGCUUUCGCGAGAUGGAGCUAUUUAUGCGGACAACGCCGCAGCCGCUGCCCAUGCUGGGCGGCUUGUCAUCGCAGUUCCUGCCGCGCAUCAAGGUGGAGCUGCCGGAGCCGCCCGAGUCGCCCCUGCGCAGGCUCAACACCGACUGCGGCGUCGGCAGCCUCAGCAACAACUGCGACGACAGCCCGCUGGACGUCCGGAUCCACCCGCGCUCGCCUAACGGCAGCGCCAGCAACGGCGGGAGAUGCGCCCGGGGCUCGGCCACCGUCGGCGGAGCGCCCAUGGUCGACAACGGGGAGGUCGAGGAGAUCGUCGCCAGCGUGGAGCUGGCCGAUGACAGCACGGGCGGUGACGUGCUCGAGGACCGCAACAACUGCACGCCCACCGGCGCAGCCGCCGGCGCAGCCAGGAUGCCGUACGCUGCGGCAGCCCGCGCGGUCGCCGAGCGGCAGCUGGUGGAGCUGCAGCGCCUGCACGCCGAGGAAGAGCACAAGCUCAAGGUCGAGCUGCUCAAGAAGCAGCACAUGGUCGCCGACCUGCAGAGGAAGUACUGGCGCAUGAAGGUCAAAGCGCUCGCGCAGAAGGCCUCGUCCGCGCCUUCCUCGUACCAUGCCUGUGAGAACAAGUCCGUCGAGGAAGAUGAGUCGGACUCGCCGGACUGACGGGACGGAUGGCCUAGUGUGACCCCCUCCCCCACCCCCGGGCUUCUCCAGUUUUGUGGGUGUUUGUGUGUGUGUUCGUGCGUGUGUGUACAUAGUCGAUACGUUGUGAUUUCUAUCUUCCACGGAGUGCCAUGCGAACAUACGACUUUUGCUCAUGCUCAUGUCUGGUCAUAAUUGUGAAAGCGCCGCUGUUUAUCUUAUUCCUUUUAUCUCUAUCUGCCUCUUCCUUAUCCAUUUGUCACUAGCGCUUUAUUUGGCAGUAGCACCACGUGCUCUAUGCUUCGUUUGGUUCAGUUAUGAAUGCCGUGUGAUCCGAAGAGCACGGGGGCACGUUCUGUAUGCUAUUCGCCUGAUUAACCCCUCUCGAACGACUGACACGUUCACGAAAGCAGUAAAGCGCCUUCUAGCCCCCUGCGAUUAACUGAGGAACUGCCGAGCUGCGCGAACGAGUGAAUGUAUGUCAUGAAAAACUGCAGCUGAAGCGAAAGAAACCCUUGCAGAUUAUAACCUUUGGUCUAUGGUAUACUCCGCCCGUCGGCUAGUCACCAGCUUCAGAGCAAGCGGGUUUGAGGAUUUGUCGCGUUAAGAUACGAGUGCGCCGCUGCUUUUAGGUUUCUUUCCAGUCUUCCAACAGAGCUGAACUAAGCGUCCUUCGUGCUGAUCAUGUGGUACCGAUGAGUAUUAUCCAGGAAUCGUAUUUUGCCCUAUACGCACUGUUCGUAGCCCGGGUCCCACUUGCGAAAAAGUCAUGGCGCCUUGGAAGGUAGUCUGUCAAACCACCUUGGUUAGAGGACGACUCGCCCUUCGCGCAGAGAUCAAAGUCAUUAUCGUUUGUGAUUUCUAGUUUGUGUUAGUUUUGUUAGUCAGCAGUGCCUAUCUCGUUGUCUCGGGCUCCGCAUAUGUGGUCAGUAACUACGACACCUGGAUGAUCAUUUCCGGCACUGCGCGUCUUAGAACCGCAUUAUGAAGUAUUUCAAUUGAUUCGUUGUCACCUGUGAGAGCUUUAGGAGCUUAAGUGUGCCUUCCCAACGGUCGUCUCCGCGUUGCAAGCUCACUUUACACGGCCGGUGAAAAACGCUAAACGAAAUAGUAUGAUGCAGCUAUCAGCAAGCCGAGGUGUUACUAACUUUCUUUCUUCAUCACGUUACCAUACGGUUUAUCCUUUCGUUAUUCUUGUCGAGCACUAAAGAAUGACGUCUUAUGUGUGUCCAGCUCGAAGACAGUGCUUUAACCCACGAUACGAGACCUCAAAUUGCGCAGUCGUUAUCACCUGUGCCCCAUUCCAAGAAAAAAAAAAAGAAAGUAUAGGCAAAAGGAUCUGACCGUCUUUUGACAUUCGUUUUUCUUAUUUAUCCUUUCCAAGAGGCAAACGAUUUAGAAGGUCGAAAUGUGCCGUGAGGAGGCCACUAAGAUAGUCCAGCGCGACGACAUAUCGUACCCUGUGGCGUAUUGUAACUGUAUAAUUAUUUUAGGUAGGUCUACACUAGAAACACCGCUUACCGUUUAGCUUCUUGUAUGAAAUGACACUGUCUCUUCUUUAUAGCUUUUUUUUGUCCGUCCUUUUGCGGCCAAACUGAAAUGCAGUUGUGAGCAGAAGCAUCCCAGUGCCGAUAUUAGGGCAGUCUACUAGCAGCAAAGUGCAGGACAUUGUGCAAUCCAGCUCGAAACCUUACGCUUUUUUUUUUACCGUAGGGAUUCACGGCUGAUAUGCGGUUUCUUUUUACAGUAACCGCUUGCAUUGCAGCAAACCAUUACGUGCUCCUGAACGGCCGUCGCAAUAAGCCGUUUGAAGAACUAGCACCCGCUCUUUGCCAAAGCUAAGCUGAGCUUCCAGUCAAAGUCUGUGCCAAUUUUUAGAACCUGUUGUAUACUGCUACUGAUUCUACUCUGCGCCUUAUAGUCAGGCGAAACGUGAAUUUGAAGAGUGCUUGCGAACUGAAGUUGCAUUCUCCUGCGAAUGUCGUCGUCAUAGUGAUCUUAUGCUAUCUCUAACCGGGAUACGGAAUGAGUGCAAAUAGGCAAGCUCUACAAGCGGAAUUCUUUCUAGAACUCGCGUUUCCGGCGGCGAUCUGUCGACGCGGAGCCCCCUCACACGCGUCGGAUACGCCGAUUUGUGAUUGAAAUCUGCGAUCACGUAAUAUUGUUUUCAGGCUGUUCGGCAAUUAACGUCUCCAUAUUAAUGUGUUUUCAGCGAUCCACGCAAGCAUAGUGAUUUUUUAUUGCCGGAUAUCGUCAAUAAUGAAAGAAACCGUCGCUGUGUGUAGUUGUGUAUGAUAAUCGGACAAACGCCUAUUUCCGCUUUCUCGAGUGAUUAUGGUGGAACUUCAUCUGCAACGUUGCAACCAUAUAAUUCAGUGUCGCGGAAGUGCUUGCGUGCUGUGAAUGUACUGAAUGUUUAUACAUGAUGGCUUUACUUUUUUUUUAUCAAUUUCGCAUUAACUUUGGGAUUUCGGUACUGUAUAUAGCUGGAACGGAAACAUGACCUUACACCUGCAUUUCUAUGCAGAUAUGAAAAACAGUGUUAGGAUGUUCGUGCAAAUAUAACUUCAAUUUUGUUGCGUAAGAGUAGCCAUCGCAGCUUCCACUUGCUGUGGCAAUAGAGCUCUCUGCUGUAGGUUCGUGUGACGUGCCACGACCAUUGAACAACAUUCAAAGUACUGGAGAGGGCAUGUUAAAGGGACGCCGACGAAUUAACUCCUGAAUCAAUUACGGCUGGUAAACGAAUCUUUCAAAACUAAAUUUUCAUUCGUCUCGUACAAAAACGUUUGUUACUAAGAGACAAUCUGAAGGUCAGGCUUUCUUGAAUCUCGCACGCAAGCCGCAGAAAUGAUGCGUCUCUGUCACGUGAUGAAUUUUAAUGCAUUUUCUUCUGUUUGAGCUGUUUCGGCACGCGCAAAGUUCUCAAAGCACGCUAGGCUCAGGCGUUGGUUGUUUUAGGAUCGAGUAUGUUCUUUUUCGACAAGCGCUUCCCAAGAUGAGCUUCCCGAGAAGACGUUAAGACCAGAAGAAACAUGAGGUGACGUAGAGAUGUUGCGAAAAAUCCUAGGUGACGUCUUCACUCGUGUACGGUUGUUACGUCCUCUCCUGGCUUACCAAGCUCACCUGGCGGCAAGAGUAAACUGCUUGCUAUUUUAGUUGCGUAAUUUAUCAUUUCAUCGCGACUUAAUACUUCUCUUCGGCGUCCCUUUAGCAUGCCGUUUAUUGUUUAAGCGCCUGAUUAGCAAAAGAAGCGUUAGUGAAAUACGGAACCAAUUGUUCGUUUCUGAUACGAGUGUAUCCAUUAGGUGUACCUCGUGCUUUCUUACGUCUUGCCGUCGUAGCUGUUUUUUGUUUAUUUAUUUGCUUCGCUAUCUUCAAGUGGGCUAGCCUGAAUCCGCACGGACAAGAACACCGUGCUGUAGGGCUGGUCAUAAAGGGCAGCCGACGUCUUUUUCAGGUGUGCAGUCAUAGACGAAUGAAACUCCAACAAGAUCUUAGAGUAGAACAGCUUUCCCAAUAACUAAAGAGCGCGAUUUCGCGUCGUUACUUAUCCGGUGGCCGAAAAUGGUACAGGCCGGACAAUAAACGUGCCAGCCGAAAUCAUGCUUAUAUUACAAGUACUGGCAAAAGCGAAAACAAAAAGCGUUUAGUUGACCCUAAGUUCGCAUUUCAAUUGUCAAUGACUGCACACAAUGUACGAUUUUACCCUCUCCGUGUCAGGCAAUCGGGCAUGCAAUUGCGUGUGUAAAUGGGCGAGGAGCUAUUGCCUGAACAUCGGGCCCAGUAAACAAGGCGUGACUAAAAAUAGGGCAGAAGGGAUUCGCCAUCAGAGUGCGUGAUCUGCGAGUAGGAACGCAUGCGCUGUGAGCUCAAAAAUUAAGGCGAGAGCUAACGGCGGAGGAAAAACAUGCCGUCCGGCAAUUUGGCAAGCGAGCGCUGGUGGCCGCAGCUUAGGCGUACCGAAACAGCGGCAAUUGUAAAUGACGGCAGUUGUGUCAAUGAAAUAGCACUUCCUUACGAAAGUACCGACGGGAGGCUUUUGUCACCUAAACAUUUAUCACGCAUUAGAACAAAAUAAGCAGGUGGUCGACGAUGCACUAUUUAGCCGAUACUCUUUUUUUUCCCCGUGCUGUGUGCUUUGGCACAAGAACAGUUACCAGUCCUUUAUCUCCAAUGACUCAACUUAGUACACCUGCGGCCAACAGGAGAGGAAACGCUGAGUUUUCAAACAACGAUUGCUCGUCGCUUCUAGUCUGACACCUAUAGUAACCUCCUUUUGCAGACUUCGCUUCGUUCAACACUGUCGGUGUUCGGUCUUACAUGCGAAGCCGUUAUAACUUCCUGAACCCCAGUUCAAGAGUAUCCCUGGAUCGUGGUCGCGGGUUUAUGUCCAAGUACCAAUGUGUCAGUGAAACAUUUAGCAAUGUUAUAGACGCACACCAAAAUCUAAACAAUUAUUGUUUCGUGUCGCCUGUCCACGAAUAUUCUUUUGUGGAAAAAAAAUGAAGAACCAAAACGGAUGCUCGUUCUUGCAAGAGUGAAAUUUCUUUACUGUUCCUCCAGUGACCCAGUGAAAAUAUUCACGAAGAGGAAAUUUAGCUGAUUUAGAGAGGACAUUAUUGUAUAUUUAUCCACAUUCUCCCUUCAGUGAGUAAAUUUUUAAGCUGGAAAUUCCUCGUGGAGUGCUGAAUAAACCAAACUAAAAGCGUAAUGAGCAUCUUCGCAUAGGGAUAACAAAUAUAAAACAUUUAGCCGUGUUCCAGUAUGACGGAUAGUGACAACGUUGUACCUCUUCUACUCGCACCUGCUAAAGGCCGCUGCACAAACCGGGCAAAUAUGUGAUGUUAUGACGCAGCAGCCGGUACUGUGUUACUUGAACGCGGUGGUCGAAAUCGUUUGAACGCAAUGCGCUUCCUGUAUAGUAUCAUAUACGUCGCAUGCAAGGUGGCCGACAGCAACGCUCGAAUAAUGUUUUAACAACUUGCGCGUCGUACGGUGUUUAUUUCGAAAAUUUAAGAAGAAAAAUGUGUGCUACUGUGUGCCACAAAUAGACAUUAAGCUCAGAAAUGCCUUUUUUCUUUUGUUUUUAUAUCGACCACACGUCCCUUUGACUUUAAAGAAAUAGUACUUUGUACGACGUUUGCAAUACCAAACUAGUUGUCCUACAUUUAACUCCGCUUUGGCAAUUUCCUGUACUAAUGGCCAAUGACAUCCAACGUAUUCCAUUGAGGCGUACGAGCAUUCUCUAAACUAGAGUUACACACAUGACAAGGAGUUACUGCCGCGAAAGAAGUCGCCACCACCGGCUUUCUAACAGUGCGGGUCCCAAAUGUUCAUCGAAAAUGUUCGGCUUAAAUUUCAAGCGAAGUAGCUCGGCAAACGACAGAGCCCAGUUCGAAAGAAAUAAUAUUGCUGACCGUUAUCUCGUUUCAGAGAAUGGUAACCUCGUGACCACGUCGUCACGAGGUGAUCACGUCGUCAGAGAAGUAACGCUUUUUUCUUUGCUGAUUGGUUGCCGUCUGCAAAAACUACUCCAUGAUUUAACUUUCCCUUAAAGAACAAGAAAGAAAGAAAUAGACAAAGAAAGAAAAGGCUGCCUUUGAAGGAACGCACUAUUAGCCGCAGUUUAACUUCAAUGUCGCUAAUUGUCUUUCAGCAAGCUAGCCUCUGGCUUCACUUAUAGUGAGUGCACGAAAAUGUUUUUUUCCCUCUCAUUUUGAAGGCUCACAUUGCGAAGAUUUAUACGUACACGGGCAGGUGGGUGUCGUCUUCUCGAGAAGCGAAGUUGCGUUUGUGCGAGAUUUAGCGUGCUGGUCACGCCACCAAGGUCCUCCUGUACCGACCGGCGCGCAUGUCCCAAGCUGGUCGUCGCUAUAUUGUGCCAAGGUCGUCGUCGAAUAGGCUCACUUUUUCUCUCGCUAUUGCAGUAAGGCAAUGUCUUCUUGUUUUUCUCUGUAUUUCUGGCUUUCUUGUUUUUGUGAUGCAGUCUCAAUAUCUUGCCGCAUUGCUAUUGCUGCAAGAAGCUUCGACAUCCUAGUGCCUCUUUUCUCAACUCUAUCUGAACCGUUGUGUCGCUUUUUUUCCCUGCGUUACAAAGCGGAUGUCGAAAUUUAUUACUUUAGGGCAAAGGUGUCUGUAUGUGUGUGUAUGUGUGAGCUUAAUGCGAAAGCGUAAUUUUAAUUUGUUCUUUGCCAUUCUAAGCAAGGGAACGAGAAUGAGUGUACGAAAAAAAAAAAAGAGCCACGUGUGCUUUGCGAGCCUGCGGCGACUUACUCUGUGAUCUCACAUUGUUGUUGUGCCAAAUGAUGCUCACUUUUUUUUUUCUUUUGAACACAGCUGUACAUAAAAGGAGAAAUAUAAGCGCCUUUUUU